CCAAGUGCCGGAAAACACCUUAUCCUAUUCUACUUGUACUGGUUACCACCAACGCUUGGAAAACACAAACACUCUCUCUCCACUCUAAGCUGAGCUCUUCACCAAAAUUUCUAAAUUUGACAACUUUUUCACUUUUUAAGAGAAAAAAGAACUAAAAUUUUGCAUUUUCUUUUUAAUGGCAAGUUCUCUCUCUUUGGUAUCUGUCUGUUCCUAUAAGCCCUCAAACAAACCAGGUGUUUUUAUUGGAAAUUCGGUUCCUGGGAAGGUUCUUAGGACAAAUGAAGUGAUUCCACCCUCAAAACCUUCAAAAUUUCAGUCUUUAGAGGUUAAGGCUGCAAAUAGUAAUCAAGCCACCAAACCGAAUAGCAUUGUUUGUGCUGAGUGCGACGGAAAUGGUGCUAAAUUGUGUUCCCAAUGCGAAGGCAGUGGAGUUAAUUCUGUAGACCACUUUAAUGGACAAUUUAAAGCUGGUGGAUUAUGUUGGCUUUGCAGGGGUAAAAGGGAGAUUUUGUGUGGUAGCUGUAAUGGAGCUGGGUUUAUCGGUGGGUUCAUGAGCUCAUUCGAUGAUUGAAAGCUAGCAUGAAAUGGGAUCUUGCAGAAUUUCCAAACGUUUACAACUAUAAUUAGAAGACUGUGACAUCUAAAAAGAGAGUUGUAAAUGGAAUCAUUUUAUUUACAUAGUGAUGCGUUGUAAUCUUCAAAUAUCAAAGCCAGGACAUCCAAGUGCCAUUAUGAUUUUUGCUAAUUAUGUUACUGAAAGAGUGAAUUAGCUUCGGUAUAUUUAUUUAUGUUCUUUGUUA